GCCACGAGUCAUCGAUUCUAGCGUCUGGAUUGCGGAAGCCUGAGGGGCGGGCCUGCGGCCGGCGCGCUUUCUGGCCCUGGGUUCGGCUCUCGCUAGGUAAGCUGGGGCGGCGGCGUUGGCGGCGUUGGCGGUGGCGGCGGCGCGGGAAGGAACCAGCCUCUGGAACUCUAUUUUCAGAACCUCUCAAAGCAAACAAAAAAACUCAUGGAGAAGAACGGGAAUAACCGAAAGCUGCGGGUUUGCGUUGCUACUUGCAACCGUGCCGAUUAUUCUAAACUUGCUCCGAUCAUGUUUGGCAUUAAGACAGAACCUGAGUUCUUUGAACUUGAUGUGGUGGUACUUGGCUCUCACCUGAUAGAUGACUACGGAAACACCUAUCGCAUGAUUGAACAGGAUGACUUUGACAUUAAUACCAGGCUACAUACAAUCGUUAGAGGGGAAGAUGAGGCAGCCAUGGUGGAGUCAGUAGGCCUGGCCCUUGUGAAGCUACCAGAUGUCCUUAACCGUCUGAAGCCUGACAUCAUGAUUGUUCACGGAGACCGGUUUGAUGCCCUGGCUCUGGCUACAUCUGCUGCCUUGAUGAACAUCCGAAUCCUUCAUAUUGAAGGAGGGGAAGUCAGCGGGACUAUUGAUGACUCCAUCAGACACGCCAUCACAAAGCUGGCUCACUAUCACGUGUGCUGCACCCGCAGCGCAGAGCAGCACCUGAUAUCCAUGUGUGAGGACCAUGACCGCAUCCUGUUGGCAGGCUGCCCUUCCUAUGACAAGCUUCUCUCAGCCAAGAACAAAGACUACAUGAGCAUCAUCCGAAUGUGGCUAGGUGAUGAUGUAAAGUCCAAAGAUUACAUUGUUGCGCUGCAGCACCCUGUGACCACUGACAUUAAGCAUUCCAUUAAAAUGUUUGAACUAACAUUGGAUGCACUUAUCUCAUUUAACAAGCGGACCUUAGUUCUGUUUCCAAAUAUUGAUGCAGGGAGCAAAGAGAUGGUUCGAGUAAUGCGGAAGAAGGGCAUUGAGCAUCAUCCCAAUUUUCGUGCCGUUAAACAUGUCCCGUUUGACCAGUUUAUACAGUUGGUUGCCCAUGCUGGUUGUAUGAUUGGAAAUAGCAGCUGUGGGGUGCGAGAGGUUGGAGCCUUUGGAACACCUGUGAUCAAUCUGGGAACACGUCAGAUUGGAAGAGAAACAGGGGAGAACGUCCUUCACGUCCGGGAUGCUGACACCCAAGACAAAAUACUGCAAGCCCUGCACCUUCAGUUUGGCAAACAGUACCCUUGUUCAAAGAUAUAUGGCGAUGGAAAUGCUGUUCCAAGAAUUUUGAAGUUUCUCAAAUCUAUUGAUCUCCAAGAGCCACUACAAAAGAAAUUCUGCUUUCCUCCAGUGAAGGAGAAUAUCUCUCAAGAUAUUGACCAUAUUCUGGAAACUCUAAGUGCCUUGGCUGUUGAUCUUGGUGGGACAAACCUCCGAGUUGCAAUAGUCAGCAUGAAGGGUGAAAUAGUUAAGAAGUAUACUCAGUUCAAUCCAAAAACCUAUGAAGAGAGGAUUAACUUAAUCCUACAGAUGUGUGUGGAAGCUGCAGCAGAAGCUGUAAAACUGAACUGUAGGAUUUUGGGAGUAGGCAUUUCCACAGGUGGCCGGGUAAAUCCUCGGGAAGGAAUUGUGCUGCAUUCAACCAAACUGAUUCAAGAGUGGAACUCUGUAGACCUCAGGACUCCCCUGUCUGACACUCUGCAUCUCCCCGUGUGGGUAGACAAUGAUGGCAACUGUGCUGCCCUGGCAGAAAGGAAAUUUGGCCAAGGAAAGGGGCUGGAAAACUUUGUGACACUUAUCACAGGCACAGGAAUAGGUGGUGGCAUCAUCCAUCAGCACGAACUGAUCCACGGAAGCUCCUUCUGUGCUGCGGAGCUUGGCCACCUUGUCGUGUCUCUGAAUGGGCCCGACUGCUCCUGUGGAAGCCAUGGGUGCAUUGAAGCAUAUGCGUCUGGAAUGGCCUUGCAGAGGGAAGCCAAAAAGCUACAUGACGAGGACCUGCUUUUGGUAGAAGGGAUGUCAGUGCCAAAAGAUGAAGCUGUGGGUGCGCUGCAUCUUAUCCAAGCUGCAAAACUUGGCAAUGCAAAGGCCCAGAGCAUCUUAAGAACAGCUGGAACAGCUUUGGGUCUCGGGGUGGUGAACAUCCUCCACACCAUGAAUCCUUCCCUUGUGAUCCUCUCUGGAGUCCUGGCCAGUCACUACAUCCACAUUGUCAAGGACGUCAUCCGCCAGCAAGCCCUGUCCUCGGUGCAGGACGUGGACGUGGUCGUUUCGGAUUUGGUUGACCCCGCGCUGCUCGGUGCUGCCAGCAUGGUUCUGGACUACACAACUCGCAGGAUCUACUAGGCCUCCAGGAGCGGACAGGGACCAGUGCUGGAGAGAGCUUUAGUGGAAUCAACUUCUUGUCUCUGAGACGAACACUGCCUGAAAGGCAGAUCCGUUACUUCACCGGCAGGUGACGUCGGCACGCGUGUUUUUGCUUUCUGUCUCUUCUUCCACAUUUACCUUGUACAAUCCCUGUUUUUGUAGAUGUUACUUUUCCUGAUGGUUUCCUAGUAGAGGUCGUUUUGACUCAAACUCUGUAAGUUCCGUCACAAUUUUCUGUGCCAAAAGGAGCUAUAAUAAGAGACCAGGGAGCCUUAGGACUAAAAUCAACCACUUAGACCUGCAGGCUGUGCCUGGGUGGUGAAGUUCAUCCUGGAAUUUGAGUUAAUAAUCCUUCCUCUAACCCCAAACUCAGAUCACGGAAAGGGAUCCAGUCAGGGAAGAGCAGGAAACUUUACCAGGAAAGGCUUAAGUAAACUUGUUUUUAAAAAGUUUUAUUGAGGUAUUUUUUAAAGUAUACAAUUUGAUAAGCUUUGGCAUAUGUAUAUACCUGUGAACCCAUCACUACCAUCAAGACAUUGAACUUUCUGUCACCGCAAAUGUCAUUUGUAAGACUUUACAGCAGGGAUCUGGAUGACAACAGCCUUGUGCUUAUCUUCUUAGAGAUAGCUGAGGAGCCACCAGGACACACAGCCUGGGAAAGGAGAUUAACGAACAACAGACACUUUCCCCUUCCUUAUCAUAGCAUGUUCACUCUGAGCCUGGGAGCGUCUGGAUGUGCCAUACCCAGAGCCCAGAUCUGUGGGUCUAGAUUCUGACCAAGUUUGCUUUCACUGGUAUCAAAAUAUAAAAGCCAAAGGUGUGGCUUUUAAUUGUAACCUGGAAGAAUUACUAACAGUCACUACUUACUAAGUUCCUGCUAUGUGCCAGCCUCUGAAUCAGGUGCUUCAUAUGUAUUUUUAUCACCUGUGAGGGUUCUUUAAAUCCCGUACAGAAACUCAAACUUCAUGUGUUUUAAGUGGUAUACCUCAGGCUACGGGCUGUACUGAAGGAGCUGGUUUGAACCAGGUCCCUGUGUGCUUUUUCUACUAAGCCUUCAACCCCUCAUUUCAAAACAGCUUUCAAAAUGCUGAUACAUACUAGCUCGCUCGAGGCUACCAAAUGCUUUAACAAGAAUAUGAUUUCCAAAUGACUUAUCCUUGGCCCUCUGUCUCAGCAGUGAGUUUAAUCAUAUAGUCCUCUCUGCUAUGGAAAUCAUGCCACUAGAAUAUUCGGUCUAGUGAAAGCUUUUUCUGGGUACUCUUAGAUAAUCUAAAGAUUGUUUUAGUUAAACCUGAAGGUUUAUACAUUGUCAUUUCCGUGUUAACAUAUAAAAUAAAAUGAAGUAAUCAGUUUCGCAUUUGAAUGACUUUCUCCUGGCGGGUUAUGUGAAAGAUAUGGCUGGCCGAUUCCUAGUACUCUGAAUAACCUCCAGGUCCUGUUUUGUUCAAACAUUCCAUGGCGAUUCCUGGGGAGGAAGCUCAGCUGAGCAGCAGUCACACACAGAGUGCCAUCAGUCAUUCUUCAGUGAAUCCAUAACCACUCGGCACACCAACUGUAUUGCUACCAAAUAAUUGAAAGGAUGGUACUGAAUCUAUAACCAGUCUUAGUUUCUAAUAAGUUCACAGAAAAGCUAAUAUAUUUGACAUAAAUUAUUACAUGUGGUCAAAUGAUCACAAUUUAUUUUAUUUUAAUGUAAAUGUUAUUGGUCUGAGCCAAUUCUAAAGAAAAAAUAUAU